AUGGCCGAAGUCCACCCUGGACUGGAGAAGGGCGUGGACCGGCUGCUGGGGCUGGGGAGCGCCAGUGGCUCCGUGGGCCGCGUGGCGAUGUCCCGAGAGGACAAGGAAGCCGCCAAACUGGGGCUGUCUGUGUUCACGCAUCACCGCGUAGAGAGCGGCGGGCCCGGGACCUCGGCAACCUCGGCCAGGAGGAAGCCGCGGGCGGAGGAUCAGACGGAAAGCAGCUCUGAGAGCCACAGGAAAAGCAAGAAGGAGAAGAAGAAAAAGAAAAAGAAGAAACACAAGAAAGAGAAGAAGAAGAAAGACAAAGAGCACAGGCAGCCAGCUGAGGCUGCCUCCUCUCCCACAUCUCCCGAGAGGCCCAGGCACCACCACGACUCCUAUUCCAACUCCCCCUGUUGUAAGAGGAGGAAGCGGGGACACAGUGGGGACAGGAGAAGUCCGUCUCGCAGGUGGCAUGACAGAGGCUCUGAGGCCUGAUGGCUGGACCCUGCUCACUGCUAUUGUGGGACCCUGAACUCUCCCUUUGCCUUGCUUGCCUCCUGCCUCGGAAGCCCCUCGUGUGUGGGUGAAGCCCGGGGCUGCUCCUGUGGAAGUGACUCUGGGCACCAGCCUGUGGGGCUAAUGGCUAGACAGCUAGCUCUGGAAAACCUCCAGGUUUCACAUAGCGGGGAUGGUCCCUGGCUUGCCCUGUGAAGGUGAACCUGCCCAGAGGUACCAGCAGAAGCUGGACUCCCUCUGCCAGUAGAGACAGCAGCCAUGGGCCUAUGAGCGGUCUAACUGUGGCCAAGUAUGGUGACCUCUAUUUUUCCUUAUAUUGACUCUUUGUAUUUCAAUAAAUAUAUUUUAAAAGGAA